AUGUCCCUACAAGAAGAGGGAGAUCUUGCUUUUCAAGGAUUGCUGGAGGCAAAAGGAUUUGAAUUGUCAAGGGAGAAGAAUGAGAUGUGGUGGAGAGAAUAUUAUCUCCCGCAGAAGCAGAUGGAAGAAAAGAGAAGUGGAAAGAAAGGAAUCACAAAGUGCUACCGCUAG